AUGGAAGACCCAUCGAAUGAUAAUCAUUUAGAAGAAAAUAAUGAAAUCAAUAAAGAAUCACAAGAUGGGGCAAGUAAUAGAAAUGAUUAUAGUUUCUUCGAUAAUCUUGUGCCAUUUUCGCCAAUUGAAAUGGCUUCACAAAUUGAUUACUUAAUUUCAAUAUUUCAAGAUACAUUAGAUGAAAAACCAGUUACAGUUAUUGGUAUAUUAGCAAGUAUUAGUAGAGUAAUUAGAAUACAUUGCAAUAAUCUACAAUUAUUUGAAUUUUUGAAGUCACAAACCAAAUUUGCCAAUAUUCUAUACGAAUAUUUUGUUUUAUUCAAUGAUCAAGAUGUAUUAGUAGAGGUUUCACGUAUUUAUAACUAUAUUUCAAAUUCAAAUGAUUUAGAUCUUCUUCAGGCAUAUUUCCAAAAGAAUGCAAUAGAUUUAUUGAUCAAAAGAAUUAUAGAACCAGAUGAUACCUUUUUAUUAUCCACUUCACUUAUGCAAAUUCCGGAUAAUACUCUCAAAGAAAAAGCAAAAUAUGAUAUAGUAAUGGGUUUAUUAGCAACAUUAUCGAAUCUAGCUACUUCAUGUAUGUAUGAAAUAGAAAAAAUGCAAUACGCCAUCGAAAUAAUGCUACAAUAUUCUUUACAUUCACCAAAGAUCAUUAAACCAUAUGUUUGUCAAACUUUAUUUGGUUUAUGUCAAUAUUUCUAUCUUUACGAUAAAGAACAUGAAACUUUUCAUGAGGAACUUUAUCAUCAACUCCAGGAGCAUUUACAGAGCUUAAUGAACUCUGAUGACAUUCAGAUUAUUUCUAUAGCAUGCAAUCUUUAUCUUCUUUUGAUAAAUGCGUUAAAAUCUACGUCAAUUGAUGAUCAUAUGCAAGAAUUUAUCGGAUUGAUGGGUGAAUGCAUAGAACGACUUCCAGAUCCAAAUCCAUUGUAUUAUAACAGUGUUUGGAAAGAUUUUGUUCAAAAUUUCCUUGAAUUAUUAUUAGUAUUUAAUCAAUUACAAGAUGGACCAUUCUUUGUAGGGAGAAUUCUUAACUGGGAUCUUCUAUGGUCCAAGUUCCAUGGAUGGAGUGACGAUUGUGAUGUAAUUUUCUUAGAAAAAAUGGCAAAUCUUUUUUCAGCUGAUAAAAGUCCGCUGCAGAUAGAAAAUGUAUUUAGUAAGUUAUUACCUUUAUAUGAUCAAGUCAAUACUGGUUCAAAAAUACAAAUUAUGAAGAUAAUUUUUUCAUCUUUUUCAGAAUUGGAUAAUGAACAGAAAGAAAUGCUCCUAGAUAAGGAAUUUCUAAUGAGCAUUGAAAUUAUAUCAACUUCAAAUGCUGAUGCUGCUCUUUAUUACUUAAAUAUCUUUAAUUUGCUUCUUGACUACGUAAUGCAGAGUGAAGAACUCAAAAUAAAAUAUGGAGAACAGUUUUCUGACUUGUCAACCAUAGAAGAUAUUUCAGAAAUGGCAGAAACAGAUCAAAAAUUUGAGCAACAUGCAAUUCUUUGCGAAGAGAUUCUAUCAAAGGCUGGGGUUGAUGAUGACUAA